AUGAAUACAUCUGGAAAUCCAGAGUCGGGUGCCUCUACGCCAAAUCUUCAGAACAGGCAAAUGCCUCAAAGACCUGUCUCAAUUCAACCAAGCCAAGUAAAUCAAUUAGCUCAAGCAUUAAGAAAUGAAGUUAGUUUAGCAAAGGCAGCAGGAAAUGAUAUAGCCAAGGCACAACAACAUUAUGCUAAAGCCGAAUCUAUUAAACAAGUGUUGUUGAAUUAUAGAGAUCAACAAAAUGCGAGAAAAGCUCAGCAACAACAACAAAACGUAGGUUCAUCAAACCAAAUUAAUCAACCAGCAAGUGCAGGAAUUACGCCUAUGAACAGACAGUCAUCUCCACAGCCAACUCCACAGGGUCAAUCACCCGUGCUCAACCAGACUCAACCAAUACAUCAAUCUCCCGUUAAUUCGGCUUCUCCAGCACCUACUAUCCCAGCAAGUGGUAAUAAUAAUAAUGCAGCAACAAUAGAAAAGUUUAACCAGGCGAAAGCACGCUUGAGUGAAUUUGAAAGGAAAAUUCAGCAACUUCAAAACAGCAAGAAAUCUUAUAAUUUGAAUCCUGAACAAGUAACAUCUAUAGAGAGCCAGUUAACUGAAUUGAAAAGCAAGUAUGCACAGUACCAAAGAUAUGCUAUAUAUAUCAAAUCCCAGUUAGUUGAACAAGCUAAGUCAAACGUUACAAGUGCUCCAGGGAUGAGUAAUGCUCCGACACCAGGUACUGUUGCCAAUCAGAGAGUUCCACUGACAGGUAAUAUUACGUCACAGGGUAUAAACUCUCCAUCUAUUCCGAAACAAGGAUCUCUUCCUCCUGAUGCGGGAACAUUGUCAAAUACGCAAGCAUCUAUUCCAGCUAGGGGUAAGUCAGCAUCACCACCUCCAACAAACGUAAAUGCCACGCCCAGCAAGUCUGGACCUGGUCUGCAAUCAUCUUCUCAUGGAGUACCCCCUAUUAACUUAUCUGGAAUUACAAAACCGAGUGUACCAUCAAUUCCUAUUUCUAGUUCUAUUAAUGUAAAACCUCCGACUGCAGUGACAUUGAAGCCAACGACCAACAAUAAUAGAGCCACUUUAUCGAGCGGUGUUGCCAAUGGUAUUGGUCAAAUUUUAGGAACUCCUGCUAUUCUAAAAUUACCAACUUAUGAUCUUUCAAGCUCAAGUGCUGGGGGUUCCAUCCCCGAUAAUGGUGGUAGAGUCUUAACUAAAAGGAAAUUAUCUGAACUAGUAAAUAAUAUAGGGGCUGAUGAAGGAGAUGGCAAAACUAAUAUUGAUGGUGAUGUUGAAGAACUUUUACUUGAUCUAGCAGACGAAUUCAUAACUUCAGUUACGGGUUUUGCAUGCAGACUAGCCAAGCACCGUAAAGUAGAUUCUGUUGAUGUCAGAGAUGUUCAAUUACAUUUAGAAAGAAAUUGGAAUAUUAGGAUUCCAGGAUAUGCAAUGGAUGAAAUCAGAACUACAAGAAAAUGGCAACCAAAUCCAAGUUAUAACCAAAAAGUUUCUGGUGUAGAAAUAUCUAAAUCAGUAAAUGGAAACAUUAAUUAG